CCGGGGGCACCCAGGAGCGACGGGCGGCCGCGCAGGGCUCCGCGGGGCUCCGCGCUGCAGAGGCCUGGGGGCCGGAGCCAGAGGGAGGCGAGCCGGCUGGUCGCCCUGCGAGAGAAUACCCCUUGAGUAUCGCGGAGAAGAGGAAAUUAAGGGACUGUCAGCAGGCUAAUAUAAAAUAUUUAUCUGGAUGGAAACAGUGGAAAAGAACUAGCAGUAAAUCAUUGAAAAAAGUCCUCAGUGAAGUCAAGGAGUUGUCAUCUUAUCUGGAGCUUUGGCGACAUGAUAUUCACAGCAUAGAAGAGCCUCACUGCACAGUUUAUGAACCUAGUGGUAAUAAGGGACUUGUUUACUUCUAUACUUACCUCAAAGAUCUGCUCAGUGGCACUGGGUUUCUUGAAGUGACAAGUUUGUUUUAUGGCUAUUACACAAUAGAUGCUACAUGGCUCAGUAUGCUGAGGUACAACUUGCCACUAGCAUAUCUGCUGACUACAUUUGCCUACCUUGCGUUAAGUCUCCUCUGGAUAAUAAAACGGUCUGUGGAAGGAUUUAAGCAGAACUUGGUGCAUGAUGAAGAUCAAUUUCAGAGUUACUGUAACAAAGUCUUUGCAGGCUGGGACUUCUGCAUUACAGAUCCAAACGCAGCACGGCUAAAACAUCGCAGCUUGCAAUAUGAGCUCCAAACAGACUUGGAGGAAGAAAGACUGAAGCGAAAAAUAGCUGACAGGACAAUGAAAGAAAAGCUACGCAUCUACUCUCUGAGAAUGUUUAUAAAUAUAAUUGUCAUUGCUGUUUUAUCAGGAUGUUUCUACUCUAUUUAUAGAGCAACUGUCUUCUCUCAAGAGAACUCCAAUGAUGUCAGCAAUACGAACUUCCAGGCUAAUCUCUUAGUUCAGUAUUUGCCUUCCAUGGUGAUCACAUUGGCCAACUUCAUUGCUCCUCAGAUCUUCUCAUUUCUGAUCAGAUUUGAAGAUUAUUCACCAGCCUUUGAAAUCAGGCUGACACUCAUGAGGUGUGUCUUCGUGCGGUUGGCCAAUAUUGGUGUUCUCUUGUUCUCGCUGUGGAGUCAGAUCUCCUACUGUGCCACCGAGGAGUGUAAGGCCUGUGGAUAUAAUUACGAACUCUAUCCUUGCUGGGAAUCUGAAGUUGGGCAAGAAAUGUAUAAACUGAUGAUAUUUGAUUUUAUUAUAAUUCUUGCUGUGACCCUGUUUGUGGACUUUCCUAGAAAGUUGUUAGUUACUCAUUGCUCUUGCAAGCCAGUUCAGUGGUGUGGAUUGCCGGAAUUUGGAAUUUCUGACAAUGUCCUGGAAAUCAUUUAUGGGCAGACUAUCUGCUGGAUUGGAACCUUCUUUUCACCACUUCUCCCUGCAAUAGCAAUUAUAAAAUACUUCAUCAUCUUUUACAUUAAAAAGAUCAGUUUGAUACACACAUGUAAACCUGCAGCUAGGCCUAUCAGAGCAUCAAGUUCCAACUUUUUCUUCUUGGUGGUGCUGCUGAUUGGGCUCGUCUUGGCUUUUAUUCCUUUGGGAAUCAGCAUAGCACAUAUUCCCUCCUCCAAGGCAUGUGGGCCGUUCAGGAGUUUUAACACUUCAUGGGCAGUUGUUCCAGAUACAAUACUUGGGUUUCCAACAGGUCUGCAGCAGGUUCUUCAUGGCAUAGCAUCUGAAGCCUUUGCAGUGCCUUUUUUUAUGGUCAUUUGCCUCAUUAUGUUCUAUUUUAUUGCCUUGGCUGGAGCACACAAACGAGUGGUUGAGCAGCUGAGGGAACAACUGGUUAUGGAGAGUCGUGACAAGCUGUUCUUAAUCAGAAAGAUAACAGAAGCUCAGAGGCAUCCUUGAAAACCACAAGAAGGCAGAAGAACGUGACUUCCUGGAACUCCCAGAACCACUAGAUAAGAGUAGAAGCAUCUGCAGCACCUAAAAACUGAGCAGCUGACUGGCACCCUGGCACUGCGGUCUAUGCAACGGAUGCUCACGGUCCUAGUCUUGAUUAUGCUAGUGGGCCUUAAAGUUUCCAAGACUGGAAAUUUAGCUAAUUUAUACUGUGUUAGACCUGUCCAAAAAAUUGUAUGGUAGGACACUUUAUUGCUGCUACAAUUUCAGGGUUGUUGGGGUUUGUUAAGUCCCUGUUUUUUCAGGGGUUUUGGGUAAAAUGUGAUCAGAACCGAAACUCUGUUUAAGAACUUUAUACUGUUUUUACAAAUUAUGCUUUAAGAAUCGGGAGGGAGGGGAGAGGGGUCGUUUUACAUGUUUCCA